AUUUUAUCAUUCUCGCUUUCGCCUCUUUCUCUCUAGUCUGACUUGAGAGCUGCUGCGAAAAUGGCGGUGUCUCGUCGCUCAUCGCAGCAACAACAGUGCAACCUGCUAUCUCCGCCACGAAACGGUUCUCUUUCGGUAAGUCCGCCGGGAUCUCCCUCGCUUGAUCUUAUGACAGCGACGUUAGUGCCUCCGGAUGGUGAGCGUGGAUGCAGCACGGGCAUGGAGAAUCCUUCGGCCUCCCCGGAUCUUCAAACCUCGGCCCUCAGCAGUGGGAACAGCACAAGUCCGACCACAACAACCUCCGGCGGGGGGAGUAGUAGUGUCUCGAGCCCGGGUUCAGGAGGCACGACCCCUGGCGACGGUAGUGGGAUCGGUGGAGCUUUCAGGGAGCUAUUUGAGGCCUGUCGGAAUGGAGAUGUGUCCCGGGUGAAGAGACUUGUUGACUCGGUGAAUGUGAAUGCGAAGGACAUGGCCGGACGAAAAUCUACCCCUCUGCAUUUCGCUGCUGGUUUUGGCCGGAAGGAUGUGGUUGACCACCUCUUACAGACUGGAGCUAAUGUGCACGCCAGAGACGAUGGUGGCCUCAUCCCCCUGCACAAUGCCUGCUCCUUUGGCCACGCUGAGGUGGUCAGUCUACUGUUGUGCCAAGGUGCAGACCCCAAUGCACGGGACAACUGGAACUACACACCUCUGCAUGAGGCAGCUAUCAAGGGCAAAAUUGACGUGUGCAUCGUGCUUCUCCAGCAUGGCGCUGAUCCCAACAUCCGUAAUACGGAUGGCAAGUCUGCUCUGGAUCUGGCAGACCCCUCUGCCAAGGCUGUGCUCACCGGUGAGUAUAAGAAAGAUGAACUCUUGGAAGCGGCAAGGAGUGGCAAUGAAGAGAAGCUGAUGGCACUAUUGACCCCACUAAAUGUCAACUGCCAUGCCAGUGAUGGCCGCAAGUCAACAUCCCAAAAAAUGCUGUCCACCCCACUGCACUUGGCGGCUGGCUACAACCGAGUCCGUAUCGUCCAGCUACUGUUGCAGCACGGGGCAGACGUCCAUGCCAAGGACAAAGGUGGCCUGGUCCCUCUCCACAACGCCUGCUCCUAUGGACACUUUGAGGUCACAGAGCUUCUGCUCAAGCAUGGAGCGUGUGUGAAUGCCAUGGACCUGUGGCAGUUUACUCCUCUCCAUGAGGCUGCAUCUAAGAACCGUGUGGAGGUGUGUUCGCUGCUGCUGAGUCAUGGUGCCGACCCCACCCUUCUCAACUGCCACAGCAAGAGCGCCGUGGACAUGGCCCCCACCCCCGAACUCAAAGAGAGACUAACCUAUGAGUUUAAAGGUCAUUCACUGCUCCAGGCAGCUCGGGAGGCAGACAUGGCGAAGGUGAAGAAGACUCUGGCUCUGGAGAUCAUCAGCUUCAAACACCCACAGACAAAUGAGACCGCCCUGCACUGUGCCGUUGCCUCCCCUCACCCCAAACGGAAGCAGGUGACAGAGCUGCUGCUGCGUAAAGGUGCCAACAUCAACGAGAAGAACAAAGACUUCAUGACAGCCCUGCAUGUUGCGUCUGAGAGAGCACACAACGACAUCCUAGAGGUGCUGCAGAAACAUGGAGCCAAGGUGAAUGCGGUGGACACCCUGGGUCAGACGGCCCUCCACAGGGCAGCCCUGGCGGGCCACAUCCAGACAUGCAGACUACUGCUGAGCUACGGGGCUGACCCUGCCAUCGUCUCCCUGCAGGGCUUCACUGCCUCACAGAUGGGCAACGAGGCCGUGCAGCAGAUCCUCAAUGAAAAUGUUCCAACUCGUAACUCUGACGUGGACUACCGGUUUCUGGAAGCUGCUAAGGCUGGAGAUUUGGACACUGUGCAGCAACUGUGCACUCCUCAGAACGUGAACUGUCGGGAUCUGGAGGGUCGUCACUCCACCCCUCUGCACUUUGCUGCAGGCUACAACCGUGUGGCCGUGGUGGAGGACCUGCUACAUCAUGGAGCUGACGUACACGCUAAAGACAAAGGUGGUCUGGUGCCCCUCCACAACGCCUGCUCCUAUGGUCACUAUGAGGUGGCUGAGCUGCUGGUCAGACAUGGGGCAUCGGUGAACGUAGCUGACCUCUGGAAAUUCACCCCUCUCCAUGAGGCUGCUGCCAAGGGCAAAUACGAGAUCUGCAAACUGCUGCUCAAGCAUGGAGCAGACCCCACCAAGAAGAACCGUGAUGGCAAUAUGCCUCUGGACAUGGUGAAGGAUGGAGACACAGACAUCCAGGACCUGCUAAGAGGAGACGCUGCCCUGCUGGAUGCUGCUAAAAAGGGCUGCCUGGCUCGUGUCCAGAAACUCUGCAGCCCAGAGAACAUCAAUUGUAGAGACACACAGGGACGCAACUCCACUCCCCUGCACCUUGCUGCUGGCUACAACAACCUGGAGGUGGCGGAGUAUCUCCUGGAGCACGGGGCUGAUGUCAACGCACAGGACAAAGGAGGCCUCAUCCCCCUGCACAACGCUGCCUCCUACGGGCACGUGGACAUUGCUGCCCUCCUGAUAAAGUUCAACACGUGUGUGAAUGCUACAGACAAGUGGGCCUUCACCCCCCUCCAUGAGGCGGCUCAAAAGGGCCGGACCCAGCUGUGUGCGCUCCUGCUGGCCCACGGAGCAGACCCCACCAUGAAGAAUCAGGAGGGACAGACGGCACUGGACCUGGCCACGGCUGAUGACAUCCGGGCCCUGCUGAUGGAUGCCAUGCCCCCAGACGCCCUGCCCAGCUGCUUCAAGCCCCAGGCCACAGUGGUCAGCGCCGGCUCGGUCAUCUCCCCGGCCUCCACGCCCUCCUGCCUGUCUGCAGCAAGCAGCAUCGACAACCUGGCCGGGCCCCUCAACGAGCUGGGGGCCGCAGGGACCUCCGGGGUGGCCGACGGGGCCACGGGCUCCGAUAGGAAGGAGGGAGAAUUGGCAAUGUUGGACAUGAACAUCAGUCAGUUCUUGAAGAGCUUGGGUCUGGAGCAUCUGAGGGACAUCUUUGAGAGAGAACAGAUCUCUCUGGAUGUGCUGGCUGACAUGGGUCAUGAGGAGCUGAAGGAGAUUGGGAUCAAUGCCUACGGCCACCGACACAAACUCAUCAAGGGAGUGGAGAGGCUGCUGGGAGGACAACAAGGUGCCAACCCAUACCUAACAUUCCACUGUGCCAACCAGGGCACGGUCCUCAUUGACCUUGCCCCUGAUGACAAGGAGGGACAAUCAGUGGAGGAGGAGAUGCAAAGUACCAUCCGAGAACACAGGGAUGGAGGCAACGCAGGAGGGGUGUUCAGCAGAUACAACAUCAUCAAGAUCCAGAAGGUGGUCAAUAAGAAGCUGCGAGAGCGAUACACACACCGCCAGAAGGAGAUCUCCGAUGAGAACCAUAACCACCACAAUGAGCGCAUGCUCUUCCAUGGUUCUCCAGGUUCUCCGUUCAUAAAUGCCAUCAUCCACAAAGGCUUUGACGAGCGGCAUGCAUACAUCGGAGGGAUGUUUGGAGCAGGGAUCUACUUUGCUGAGAACUCCUCUAAGAGUAACCAGUAUGUGUAUGGCAUCGGGGGUGGCACCGGAUGCCCCACUCACAAAGACCGCUCCUGUUACCUGUGCCACAGGCAGAUGUUAUUCUGCCGUGUGACCCUGGGGAAGUCCUUCCUCCAGUUCAGUGCCAUGAAGAUGGCCCACGCCCCCCCUGGACACCACUCUGUGAUUGGUCGGCCCAGCGUCAACGGCCUGGCCUACGCAGAGUAUGUAAUCUACAGAGGGGAGCAGGCCUACCCAGAAUAUCUCAUCACCUAUCAGAUCCUUAAGCCGGAGAGCACAGACACAUCUGCUGCAGGAGAGGAUCAGAAGUCCUAGUCCUGCGCCACCAGAACAAUCUCUCUCUCACACACACACACACACACACACACACACACACACACACACACACACACACACACACACACACACACACACACACACACACACACACACACACACACACACACACACACACACACACAUAUUCUCCUGACCCACAACAUUAUUGUAAUGCCUAAACCUUUUUCAGCCCGAGUUCCAUGCUUCUUGUCCAGUAACAGUAAACUGGACAGAUGACAUUAAAUAUAUUGUAAUAUACUGUAAUAUAUUAUGAAAUGUACUGUAAUAUAUUUAUGCAAUAAGGCCCGAGGAGGUGUGGUAUAUGUCCAAUAUACCACAGUUAAGGCCUGUUCUUAAGCACAAAGCAACGCAGAGUGCCUGAAUACAGCCCUUAGCCAUGGUAUAUUGGCCAUAUACCACAAACCCAGAGGUGCCUUAUUGCUAUUAUAAACUGGUUACCAACCUAAUUAGAACAGUAAAAAUUAUGUUUUAAUCUUAACUGUGGUAUACGGUCUGAUAUGCCAUGACUUUCAACUAAUCAGGAUUCAGGGCUCAAACUACCCAGUUUAUAAUUAAGCAGUAAGGCACGAGGGGGUUUGGCAUAUGGCCAAAAUACCUAGGCUAAGGGUUGCUCUUAAGCAUGAUGCAAAGCGGAGUGACUGAAUACAGCCCUUGGCCGUGGUAUAUUUGCCAUAUACCACAAACCCCCAAGGUGCCUUAUUGCUAUUAUAAACUGGUUACCAACCUAAUUAGAGCAGUACAAAUUUGUCAUACCUGUGGUAUAUGGUCUGAUAUACCACGCGUUCAGCCAAUCAGCAUUCGGGGCUCCGAAUCACCCAGUUUAUAAUAUGAAAUUAACUGUUGUAUAUUAUCUCCUGCUUGUGGUGAUAGUCUUUCAGUUUCCUUUGCAUUGGCUGCAUGUAUAGACAGGCGCAUGUAUGGCCAAUAUCGGGUGUGGGGUUCCCCAUUAGCUACCCUUGGAGAGGGGGUUGUAGAGAUUCACUUUCAUCUGCCCUGCAGUGUCAGAAUAAUUGGCUACCAUUCUUACCUAAUCAUGCCUUGUGACUUGGAGAAUCACCUAUUUUGAACCCUGUUGUUCUCAACCAGUCUGUAACCCCUGUAAUACUGCCCCCUGCCCACCAUCCUUACAUGCAUACAUACAUAAUGUAUAGCCGUAGAAUAGUUUGAGAUUUGUGAUUUAUAAUGAUGCAGAUUACACUAGUACCACAUGGAUUACUCAAUAUUAUUAAUAGGAUUGUUUUUCUUAACUCUUCUUGAAUUGCCUUACUACAUGCCUGAGGUAUAUUCCAGAUAAUGCAAGAGAACCGUAGAAUUAGAAUUCCUCAUCCUAAUUCUAUGAGGAGAACACGCAUGAUUUGGAAGAGAACAGUUAUCUACUCUGACAUAUUAUUUGUUGUACAAGAAAUGUGAACUCCACAACCCGGAUUGCCAAGGUCUUAUUCAUGGACUUCUUUAAAUUCAUGAGUAAAGAUUUGCACUUUUAAAUAGAUACUAUUUAAGUUAUUUGACAUUAAUUGCAAAUGUUAUGGUAAAAAAAUAUGUAUGUACAGGUUGUGUAAAUGGAUGUGUAUAACUGUUUAACAAUGUCAUUUGGAGUUUAUUGUAAAUUAAGUCUAAAUUCCUUUCUGGCCUUGAUUCUCUUUACUUUUUGAAUAAAUGUUGUCCAUGUAA